AUAUGGUACAAUAAUAAGCGGUAUAAUUAGUAAAUAGCAUAUUUUUAAAGAGGAAAAUAAAUAAAUAUUUAGGAAACACUAUGCUCUUUAAAAGUGAAUCUCUAGAAUAAAAAAGUAAAAGUAUAAUAAUUUUAAUAAUUAAAAGAUAUGUACAAUAGUUUUUGACCAUAUUAUAAGCGUCUGCAUGUUAAUAUCAGUGUUACGAUAAAACGCAUUUUGUUUUUCAACGUACAUAAAACAAAAUAUUUUAAAAUUUUUACGAACUUAAAAAAAUGGAUCCACAAAAAGCUCUAAACCUUUUAAUGGCUUUAAAGCAGUUAAAAGAUUUAAUGGAUUUAUCCGAUGAGGAGCUUCGAACAAAGGAACGGCGAGUAUGGAUCAAUCCAACUUUGGCUAAGAGAAAAACUGAUAAUAUAGAGGCGCGUCUUUUGGCGGAUGUAUUAUGGGAGGAAACUGGUUAUCGUAAUUAUAGUCCGUUAAACAUAGACGAUUUUGAAAGAAUACAUGAAAUGGUUUAUCCCAAAAUCAAAAAACAAGACACCGUUAUGAGAGUUGCUAUUACCGCCCGCAUUCGAUUGGCAAUUACUCUACGUUAUUUAGCUACCGGGGAUUCAUUGAGGGCAUUGGAAGUUAUUAGUCAUAUUUCAAGAAAAACCAUGAGUCAAUUUCUGCCCGAAGUGUUGAGAGCGAUAAUAGAAUGUUUACAAAGUAAAUAUUUAAAGCUACCCUCUACUAAAAGCGAGUGGCUUGAGGUGGCCAAUGAAUUUGAACAUUUAUGGCAAUUUCCACACACCUUAGGAGCAAUAGACGGAAAACAUAUCCGCAUUAAAACAACUGGACAAUCCACUCCUGAAUAUUUCAAUAAUAAAGGAUAUUGCAGCAUUGUACUCUUUGCUCUAGUCGAUGCCCAUAGUAAAUUUUUAUAUGUUGAUGUUAGUAAAGGUGGACGUGAUUUCGAUGAUGCCGUUUUUAAAAAUUCAACUCUAAAUAAAUGGCUGAAAGAAGAAAAGUUAAAAGUACCUGCAGAUAAAGAACUAAAAGGACAAUUAGUCAAAACUCCCUACUAUUUUAUAGGCGAUGAUAUUUUUGUCUUGGAACGCCAUGUUAUGAAGCCUUAUAACAGUAAUUCAAGUUUAUUAAAUUCACAACAAGUUUUCAAUGAGAGGUUACGGCAUGCUAUGACGUCAGUUGAUAUAGCAUUUAGUAAGCUGGCAGCUAGGUUUCGCAUUUUGUGCCGCCCUAUUGAAGUAAGCAUAGAUACUUGCGGUUCAUUGGUGAAAGCAUGCUGUUUACUGCAUAAUUAUUUAUCUAAGGAUUUGACAGAACCAUAUCCAUUUGAGAUAACAACAGCAGAACUACCAGAAACCAUGUCCUCUUUACCGCCACAGUGUCAUGAACGUGUGAAAAACUCCAAAGAAGUAAGAGAAAAUAUACGAAAAUAUCUCCUUACUGAGGAAGGUGCUUUCAAUGAUGAAUAAUAUAAUUAUUUGAAAUAAAACAUUUGUUUAAAUUUUUAUAUACUUGCUCUAGUACUAGUACUAAAAUGAAUCCCAGGUUUUAUUUGUAAAUAAGAAAAAGCAAAAUAAUAAAUUACAAAGAAAUCACUUUAGUACUAGUACAUACAGAGCUUUUAUAAGUAUUUUAUAUUUUCCAUUUUUUUCAUAUCCUUUUUGUGGUUUUUAUUUAAACAUACAUACGAAAUUAUUUAUGCUGCCUUUAAAAAUGUUUAAAAAUAACAUAAAUGAACUCAUUUUUUUUAUACUAUUUAAAUAUAAUAAAAGAAAUUAAAAAAAAAUAACUAAAGAUACUUAACUUAAUAAGUAAACUAGGAUUAACAAGUUCUAUAAAGAAAUUAUCAUUU